GCUCCAGGCCGGGAGCUCCAGGCAGGGCGCGGCAUGGAGACCCCGCCGCAGGGACCCCGCCAGGUGAGAAAAAUGUAUCAGUGCCCACCCCGUGCCCUUCCCCCAGUUCCAAGUGGAAGCCAAGAUGAAAUUCCACUUAGUCGUCCAAAAAGAAAGAAGCCCAAAGGAAAAAAUGCAUUGGAGGGUAUUGUUCACGCAGCUGUCCGUCGGCCAUCUGAGAGUAGCGAGCCUCUAACUCCUGAGGUUCAGGAUGUUCCACCUCAGAGGAAACGCAAGAAAAAGAGAGUGCCUCCUGAAUCUGAGACCUCUUUCAUCCAGCAGAAUGUGCGCAACACAUCCUUUUUUCAAACUGAAAAUGGCAUGGAUCCCCAGCCCUCUGAAGAAACAGUGAUUCGUAAACAUCGAAAAAAACCAAAGAAGACUCGGCCAGCAGAAAUGCAGUGUUCCAGUGAACUGGGAGUGGAGGAAGAGGACAUUAUUGAAGAUGAACAAACAAAAAGUCCAGAUCAGCAACCUGUAUUUGCUGCUCCCACUGGUGCUAGCCAGCCUGUGAGCAAGGUGUUUGUUGAAAAAAAUCGGCGUUUCCAGGCAGCUGACCGCACAGAACUGGUUAAAACCACAGAAAACAUUGAUGUAUUUAUGGAUGUAAAGGCUUUAUGGACCACCAGGGAUGUGGCACUUUCGGUGCACCGUGGUUUCAGGGUGAUGGGACUCUUUACUCAUGGCUUCCUUGCUGGCUAUGCUGUGUGGAACAUUAUUGUAAUAUACAUUCUAGCAGGAAACCAGCUAUCCACUCUCUCAAACCUGCUAGAGCAGUACAAGGCCUUAGCAUAUCCUGCCCAGAGUUUCCUUUACUUGUUGUUGGCUAUCAGCACAGUUUCAGCCUUUGACAGGAUUGACUUGGCUAAAGCAUCAGUAGCCGUGCGAGGCUUCCUGACCCUGGAUCCAGCAGCCAUAGCCUCUUUCUUAUACUUUGUUGCUCUCAUCUUGUCUCUGAGCCAGCAGAUGACAAGUGACAGAAUCAACCUCUAUACACCACCUUCAGAGAACGGGAGCCUCUGGACUGCAGGUGCAGAGGAACAGAUUCUUCAGCCAUGGAUUGUGGUGAAUCUGGUGGUAGCUCUUCUAGUUGGGCUAUCUUGGCUCUUCUUAUCUUACCGACCAGAGCUAGAUCACAGUGAAGAACUGAUGUUUCAUGCUGAAGUAGAAGAAUUUCCUCAGCUGGAUAAAGGCCUCAAUGUGCAGUCGUAGUACAGAAAAUUCAUCUUCAAAUACUGUAGCUGAGACUGAAGACUUAGCACUUACAUGUAUUGUACUUGUAUAUAAUGCUUUUCUACAAAACAAAAUUUGUAUUUUUGUAUAUUUUUAUAUGUACUUGUUUCUGAUGGAUCUUUUAUUUUAAUUAUGCU